AUGACGUUCACCACCGAAAGCCCUCAGGGGGCGCGCCCGCUGUCAGGCUCAAGUCUGCCCGGCAACGCAGGGUGCAACGAGGAAUUCCCCGAGUUUUGUUUACACGACCACUCGGCCGGCACCCACCACCGCUACUCCUCCACCGCCGGCAGCCACACCUCUACAUCUUCACCCACGUCCACGACCCCUACCACCCCGACCACCGCCGAAUACAUUUCCCCUCCCGCAGAGAAACCAUCACCCAUAUCACGCGACCGCACAAGCAGCGGAGCCAGCAGUACCACCACCGCCUACUCCCGAGCCCGAGGACAAGACGAGACAAAAAGGAGUUGCAAGCCCAGCGGCUGCAGAGCACGAAAGGAAAGCACAGCGAAGAAGAGCCGAUUCCGUUCUGCCACAGGAUCUUCGCCCGCCGACGCUCUCGCCGCCGUUGAGCCGCCGCAUGACCAGGGCUUGACGAGGAUGGCGUUUGCUGAACAGCAGAAAUGGAUCACGGUCCAGCAAAAGACCUUCACCAAAUGGAUGAACACCAAGUUGGAGGCUCGCCAGCUUGAAGUGAAGGAUCUUGUGGCUGAUCUGAGCGACGGUGUCCUGCUCAUCCACCUCCUAGAAUGCCUCUCCAACGAUACCCUCGGGCGCUACGCCUCGAAGCCGAAGCUGCGCGUGCAACGGUUUGAAAAUGCCAACACGGCGCUCGACUUUAUCAAGGCUCGCGGCAUCCAGAUGACCAACAUCGGUGCCGAGGAUGUUGUUGACGGCAAUAGGAAGAUUAUCCUCGGUCUCAUCUGGACGCUCAUUCUCCGAUUUACCAUCAGUGACAUCAACGAAGAGGGCAUGACGGCCAAGGAGGGACUGUUGCUGUGGUGUCAGAGAAAGACGGCCUGCUACGACGAAGUCGAGGUCCGCGACUUUAGCGGCAGCUGGAACGACGGACUUGCCUUCUGCGCCCUGCUGGACAUCCACAGACCAGAUCUCAUCGACUACGAUGCCCUGGACAAGUCGGACCAUCGCGGCAACAUGCAGAUGGCCUUCGACAUCGCGCACAAGGAGAUUGGCAUCCCCAAGCUAUUGGACGUUGAGGACGUGUGUGACGUCGCUAAGCCGGAUGAGAGGUCACUGAUGACCUACAUCGCCUACUGGUUCCAUGCCUUCUCCCAGAUGGAGAAGGUUGAGAACGCAGGACGCCGCGUGGAGAAGUUUGUGAACAACAUGGCCGGCGCCUGGGAGAUGCAGAGUGCGUACGAGAGGCGGAUGAGGGAGCUGCUGAGGCAGAUCAAGGAGCAGAUUGAAAAGUGGCAACAAGCAACUUUUCAGGGGACCUACGCCGACGCCAAAGCGCAGGCGACUGAGUUUGCUGCUUUCAAGCGUGGAAGGAAGAGAGAAUGGGUUGCCGAAAAGAGCGAGCUCGCGACCCUGUUGGGUAACAUCAAGACGAAACUAGGCACAUACCGGCUGCGGCCGUACGACCCUCCACCAGAGUUGUCCCUCGAGACGAUGGAGAGGGAGUGGUCUGCUCUGUCAAAGACGGAGAUGACGCGCGCACAGCUGAUCAACGAGACCAUCAGAGAUAUCAAGAACGCGCUACGCAAAUCCUUCGCCGACAAGGCCAACGACUUCGCCAUGGCACUGAAUACCAUGCAACUGGCAAUCUCGGGUCUGGACGGUGACGUCGAAGACCAGCUCCACCAUGUCCGCAAGCUCAGCGACAACUUGCCGCCGCUAGACAAGUAUCUCGAGACCAUCGCCGCCGUGGACGCAAAGUGCCAGGAGGCCAACAUCGAGGAAAACGAUUUUACCACAUACACGUACGACGAACUUGUUUACGAGCACGGUCUCGUCAAGUCGUCGGUGCAGAAGAAGCUCGCCUUCCUCGACAACCAGAUGGUCGCGCGCAACAUGACCAACCUCACACCGAUCCAGCUCGAGGAGUUCGAGUCCGUCUUCCGCCACUUUGACCGCGACGACACCAACUCGCUCCAAGAACUCGAGUUCAGCGCCGCACUCGCCUCGCUGGGUCUCGUCUUCUCGGAGGACGAGAUGCACGACUACUUCAUGGACACGUCCAAUGGCCGCGACCACGUCACAUUCGAGCAGUUCAUCCGCUUCAUGGUUGAAGUCACUGAGGACCAGAACACAGCCGAGCAGGUAUUCCAGUCCUUCCGCGAGGUCGCCGACGGCAAGCCCUACGUCACCGAGAUGGACCUCCGCCACUCCCUCGUCCCCGACGAGGUCAUUGAUAAGCUCAUCGAGAUCAUCCCUCCGCACAACGGCCCAGACACGGCCGAGGACCGCGGCAUGCCGCAGUACGAUUACAUUGCCUUCAUGGACAAGCUCAUCAGCGAUGAGAAGGGGGCUGACACCACGGUCCCCAGUGGCGUGUUGCAGGAGCGCACCAAUCGCUCAAGCAUGCUGCCGCCCAAGGAACUCAAGUUGAAUGGUAAUCACUGA